UAGAACGUGCCCACAAGACAGCAUACAGCUGGGAGAAAAAGAGGAGAAAGGUUCAGAAACCUACUGAAUCAUGGAGAGCAGAAACCAGACUUCCCCUCAUUCCUCCUGGAGUGAAUGUUUUUUAUUCAAGCGGCUCCGCAUGUUGGUCCCUGUUGGGUUCAAGACAGAAGUAAUUGAGCUGAUUAAACUUGCCGGACCAGUGAUUAUAUCCCAGCUCAUGGUGUUUUCAGUGAGUUUUGUGAGCACAAUUUUCUGUGGCCACCUGGGGAAGACAGAGCUGGCAGGGGUGACUUUAGCCAUAGCUGUUAUUAAUGUUACAGGAAUAUCUAUUGGGUCUGGUUUGGCAGCAGCAUGCGAUACUCUUGUUUCUCAGACCUUUGGGGGUCGUAAUCUUCAGAGAGUCGGGGUCAUUCUGCAGAAGGCUGUCCUCAUUUUGAUACUGGCAUGUUUCCCCUGCUGGGCAAUCCUCAUAAACACAGAGCCCCUUCUGUUGGCUGUCAAACAGGAACCAGAGGUGGCCAGGUUGUCCCAGUUGUAUGUGAAGAUCUUUAUGCCAGCGCUUCCUGCUACAUUCAUGUAUUCAUUACUAACAAGAUAUCUUCAAAACCAGGGCAUCAUAUGGCCACAAGUUAUCACAGGAGUUGUGGUCAACCUUCUUAACGCUCUCAUCAACUACGUCUUUCUUCACGCAUUGAAUCUGGGAGUAGCAGGUUCGGCUGUCGCCAACACCCUCUCUCAGUUCUCCUUGGCUGUCGUUCUCUAUGCUUACAUCAUCUGGAAAGGACUUCACAAGGCCACCUGGGGAGGCUGGUCCAAAGAGUGCCUGCAGGACUGGAGCUCGUACAUCUACCUGGCCAUCCCCAGCAUGGUCAUGUUGUGUGUUGAGUGGUGGACGUACGAGAUAGGAAGUUUUCUUGCAGGUCUCAUUAGUGAGGUGGAACUUGGAGCUCAAUCAGUCGUGUAUGAACUGGCAAAUGUUGCAUACAUGUUCCCUUUGGGUUUCAGUAUAGCAGGCAAUGUGAGAGUGGGGAAUGCUUUAGGAGCAGGACACACAGAGCAGGCCAAGCUGUCAGCUAAACUGGCAAUGUUCUGUGCAGUCUCGGUUUCCAUAUGUUUGUCAGUUCUGGUUGGGAGCCUGAAGGAUCAUAUUUCCUAUGUCUUUACAUAUGAUGAACAAAUUAGGGAAAGGGUUGCAGAUGUCAUGACUUUAUAUGCCCCAUUUGUCCUCCUAGAUGCAACAUCAGCGGCCUCAGGGGGAAUCAUACGUGGAGCAGGUAAACAGAAAGUGGGGGCUAUCUGCAACAUUUUGGGAUACUAUGGUGUUGGAUUUCCUAUUGGAGUGUCACUGAUGUUUGCAGGGAAACUAGGAAUAAAAGGUCUGUGGACAGGCUUGUUUAUCUGCGGGUUUCUUCAGUGCUCAUUUCUGAUUUGCUACCUGGUGAGAAUGAAUUGGAAGAAAGCUACAGCCGAGGCUCAAAACCGAGCAGGAGUGAGUGGGAGCUCCACAGACACAACAGGUCCUGAUCCCCAGUCAGAUGAUGCAGGGAACUUACAGGACCUGACAGACAGCUUGGACCUGGUCUGUACUGAGGCAGCAGUAAAACCUGUGGAGAACGAGCUCUCUUUUAGGUCUCUGGUCCUGCGUCGGUGUCUAGCUGUGGCUGCCAUGCUCUUCGUCCUGGCUGCUGGAAUCAUUCUGAACUUGCUGAUUACUAACUUGGUUACAUGAUUAUGGGCAAAGUCUAUUAUGUAGGGUAGAGUCACUCAUUGGGAAACAGUGCAAACAUAAAUGGCUCAGGUGUCUGCACUGUGUGAUGACACAGCAAGACACGCAGAAAGAAGGCACAGAUGAGCAGAAAGGAGACAGAGCGCUUUCUGUGGUUAAACUCUGAAAGCAAAAAAUGUUCUAUUAACAUUUGAUCAUGAAAUGUUCCAAUGAAUCUACUGGUGUUCGGCUCCCGAGAGAAUGAGUCAAAGUACAGAGUUUGUUUUGACUACAUUAAAGAGAAACAUUGUGGUUAUCUCAGAC